AGACUCUUUCAGAUGCUCUAUAAUCACAGUCUCUCUACCCUCGAACCUUCCGAAGAACAAUCUCAUCCAACACCUACCACCAAAAUGUCUUCUCCUCACCGCGGCGGCAGACUCGAAGACAUGGCCCCCCAGGGCACUCGCAUUCCCAAUGAUGCAGGCAUCAUGAACACCAUCCCUUCCGUCCCUCGACCAGACCAGAGAGACGAAGACUCGCAAUUCGACAACUACGGCGUCGCUCAUCCCACCUCUGCUUUUGCCGCCGACAACGCCACCGACAUGCCACGCAGCACCCGAGACAUGGGUGCCUCGGGUGAAGUCAUCACAGGCACUGGAAACAACUUCCCCGCAGAGGGCGAGUCCAAGAGAACUCUCAUCGGCACCAACCACCCCGGCGCCAAGGGAGAAUCCAGGAAUUUGAAGCACGCCAACCUCAACCGCAGUGGUUAUGAGCGGUUUGCUGCGGAGGACGAGGAUGCCAUCGGCGAACAUCAGAUCAGAAACGAAUAAAGGACAGGCGUAUCCGGAAAUGUUUUAUAUAUAUGACGUGAUGUAUUAUAGAUGAACGAAAGUUACUGUGUCU